AUGUGGCCGGCGCGGCCGGUUGAGGCCGGGCUCGGCCCGGCCCGCGACGGCUGGCCGCCGACGAGCGCGCUCGCGCUUCUCGUCAAAAUGGCGGCGGUGUCGAUUGCUGCGACGGGCAUGAGCCUUCCGCGAUUCGAUCCCGCAGCCAAAAGCUGCUGCCUGCUCGCUCGAACCGCGGCCGACUCCGCCAUCGCGGCCGCAGCUGUUGAGCUCUCCAGAAGACUGGUGCUGAUAUGCUGCCUCCCUGCGGUUGCUGCCGGCGAGCCUGGCGGUCCGCUGUACUACAAGGAUGUGCUGACUCGAUUCUACCUCGAAAUCUUCUACCUUUACGACUCGGAACGCGAAUGCAUUCGUGGCAUCCUAUGGGUCGUCUAG